AUGCUGCCGUACAUCCAGAUCUCCCGCGUCAACCGUCCCGCGGGCACCUUCAUGCUGCUGUGGCCGUGUUUCUGGAGCAUCUCCAUGGCCGCGCCUGCGGGCCAAUUGCCAGACUUGAAGCUGCUCGCGCUCUUUGGCAUGGGCGCGUUCAUCAUGCGCAGCGCCGGAUGCACGAUCAACGAUAUGUGGGACAAGGACUUCGACAAGCAGGUGGAGCGCACCAACAAGCGCCCGCUGGCUGCUGGCAAGAUCACGUACCCGCAGGCGUGGGGGUUCCUUGCGGGGCAAUUAUCGGCCGGAUUGGCGGUGCUGCUGCAGCUGAAUUGGUAUAGUGUGGCCAUGGGUGCGUCCUCACUCGCAUUAGUCGCCGCGUACCCGACGAUGAAGCGGUUUACCUACUGGCCACAAGCGUUUCUGGGUCUUACUUUCAACUAUGGCGCGCUGCUAGGCUGGGCUGCGGUUCACGGAUCGUGCGAGUGGCCUGUGGUGCUGCCCCUGUACGCCGGUGGUGUGGCUUGGACGCUGGUGUACGACACACUGUACGCGCACCAGGACAAGAAGGACGACAUCAAGAUCGGCGUGCGCUCGACCGCGCUCCUCUUCGGCGACAACACCAAGCCAAUCUUGAACUGCUUCUCGGCUGCUGCUAUCGCAGGCUUCGGCACGGCGGGCUACAUGGCAGGCCUGGACUGGCCGUUCUUCCUCGGCCUGACAGGCGGAGCGGCACAUUUGGCCUGGCAGGUGAACACUGCCAAGCUUGACGACCCGCUCAAUCUUCAGGCGCGGUUCGCCUCGAACAAGUGGUUCGGAGCGCUCAUGUUUGCGUCCGUUGUGGCGGGCAAUGUGGUUUAA